AUGGCCAAACUUACUGUUGCUUACAUCCCAGAGCACUUCUCUACGCCUCUCUUCUUUGCUCGUGAUCAAGGCUUUUACGCCGAGAAAAAUCUUGAAGUAGAAUUUGUCCCUGUGGUUGAAGGCUCUGGAAGGCUUAUUAACCUUCUUAACGAAGGAUCUAUUGACAUUGCCGUAGGAUUGACCGAAGCAUUCAUUGCUGAUAUCGCCAAAGGUAAUGAGAAAUACAGCGUGAUUGGAACCUAUGUGGAGAGCCCUCUAUGCUGGGCCAUUUCCACGGGUAAAGACAGAGAUAUUUCUGGUGCCCAAGAUUUGGCUGGUAAGAAAAUUGGAGUAUCGAGAAUUGGAUCUGGAUCGUACGUUAUGUCGUUUGUUUUGGGCUUGCAGCAAAAGUUUACUUCGCCUUAUUUCAGCGAUUUCCCUAUCUUGCACAACUUUCAAAACUUGAGAGAUGCUGUCAAUCAGAAGUACACUGACGAAAAUGGACGGAAGGUGGACGCAGACGCUUUCAUGUGGGAGCAUUUCACAUCCAAGAAAUAUUACGACUCGGGUGAGAUCAAGAGAAUUGGCGAAAUCUACACUCCUUGGCCUUCGUGGGUUGUUUCUGUCAACAAAACGGUGUUGGAUACACGGAAGGGCGACAUCCAGGGAUUCCUUGCUGCUGUCAACAAGGGUAUUGCAUACUUUUUACAGAACCCGGAGGCUGCAGUGGAGCACAUCCUGACCCACUUGAACUAUUCUGCUGAAGAUGCACGCGAAUGGUUGAAAACUGUCAAGUUCAACGAACAGAUAGGCCAGAGAGAGAUUGAAUGGGACCGUGUGGUCAAGAAUACUGCUUCGGUGUUAAAGAUUGCAGGAGUUUUGACUGAUAGUGAUGAGCAAAUUGAGUCCAGAUUGAAUGCCCGUAUUACUUCAGUGUUGGAAUGA